AUGCAGCGACUGAACGUCGUCGACAGAGCGUGGCGCUCCAUACCAAUUAAGCUAGCUGCACCCCGAUGGAGCGUUAACCGCCCUAGGCUGCCCGGAUUGGGAAUUCGACUAUGCUCCUGCACAGCGCCGAAGCCCUCGGAUUUCAUCUCUCCGUCAAGAAAUGAAGCAAGCCCCGCCCCUCUGAGUCCCGCUGCCGACCAUCGAGCAAUUGGCACCGCUCAAGAACUUUUUGUGACGUCUUCGUAUAGCCCGGGGUCUCCUCUAUUCCAACCGAACGGCACACACAUUCUCAACAAGCUCAUAUCGUUUCUCCGCACACAAUAUAAACAGUAUGGGUUUCAGGAGGUGUUAACGCCCAAUAUAUAUAAACAGUCCCUCUGGGAGAUCUCUGGUCACUGGCAAAACUACAAAGAUGACAUGUACGAGGUUCGGGGUAGGGGUGCUACUGGAGAAACUAUAGACGGAGAAAUUGGUGAGGAUGAAUCCUAUGGCCUCAAGCCAAUGAACUGCCCCGGCCACUGCAUCUUAUUCAAAUCCCAGAAAUGGUCAUAUCGAGACCUCCCUGUCAGAUUUGCAGACUUCAGUCCUCUUCACCGGAAUGAGGUUUCUGGAUCAUUGACGGGGCUUACUCGGGUACGAAGAUUUCAUCAGGAUGAUGGACAUAUCUUUUGCCGACCCCAGCAAAUUGGAAAAGAAAUCCAAUUGGCACUGAACUUUACAGAUACCGUGAUGAAGACGUUCAAUCUGGGAGAAUACAGACUUGUUCUGUCGACGAGGCCCGAGAAAGACUUCAUUGGUAGCCUUGAGCUGUGGGAUUUGGCUGAGAAGCAACUCAGAGAUGCGCUGGGAAACAGUGGGAGGCGCUGGGAGAUCAACGAGGGCGACGGCGCAUUCUACGGCCCUAAAAUCGACUUUCAACUUCAGGACUCUGACGGAAAAUUCCAUCAACUAUCUACUAUCCAGCUUGAUUUGAAUCUUCCUGAGCGCUUCGGGUUAGAGUACUUUGUUCCCGAAGGGGAAUCUGACUACGAUGCUUCCACUGGUGGAAGAAGUACACCUGUCCUCAUACACCGGGCAAUAUUUGGCUCCCUUGAGCGCUUCCUUGCUCUUCUAAUUGAACAUUACAACGGCCGAUGGCCCUUCUGGCUCUCUCCUCGUCAGGGAAUUAUUUUGACUGUGAACCAAGACGAGAGCGUGCUUCGCGCUGCGGAUAGAGCGGCAGAAAAAAUGUGCGGUUACCAGCAGCUUCCCCUACAAGAUGCGGCUGAAGCCGACCUUCCAGCUGCCCCAUUAUCGCCCCUGCAGGCUACGUUCCAAAUUGAUGUCGAUAAAUCCGCGCGUUCUUUGUCGAAGAAAAUCAGAGAAGCCCAACUAAUGAAAUACAAUCUGAUAUUUGUCAUUGGACCGAAGAAUCUAGCUGAUGGGAGUGUGGACAUUGACUUGACAGGCCAGGUAUUCGGAAAGGAUGAGAGUGCAAUCAAGCAGCUCUUGGACGAUACGCCUGGCUGGGAUGCAAAUAUCUCCUCCAAUGGCAAGUCGGCCAAACUGAAGAUGAAGGCGGAUGAUGUUCAUAACUGGCUGCUCCACUUGGAACGGCGAUUUUAUUAG